AUCGAUUAAUGAUUUUUUAAGCGACUGUACUUGUAUGAACCCAAAUAGUAACAAGGGUUUCACUACUAAAACGAGGUAUGUAUGCACUAGAGAGAGAGUUGCAAAGCAAUUGAAAAGUAGCUGAAGACUUCAAAAUGGAAUUGAAUUUGAGUUGUACAGAGUAUAUAAAACUUCCAAAAAGAGUAAUGUACAAUAACUUUAUUUAGUUGGUGGUCAAGUUUUACUGCAGUUUUACUCGUGGGGAAUAUUUCAAAGGAUAUACUGGUGGCUGUGACGUAUGUUUAAUUUAUGGCACGUGAAAGGUUUGCUUUUUGUGUGUUUGCAUCUGCUUUAAGAUGCAUUGUUUUUUUUUUGGUAGGUCAACCUGUCAAAAACCCCUUACUACUAUGCAGCCGCGCAAGCUUUAUAUACUGUUACAUUUGUUAAAACUUAAAAUCAAGAGAGUAUUGGCCCAAUAUACCUUAGUGGACUCGAAAUUGGAAAACUACCCUAAAGCCUGAAAACCCCACAAACAAUGUAUCCCAUUGUGUGUGUCAUGACGGAAAUACCCCUACCGCCAAGGGAAGUACGAUCACAGCGUGGGGAGAGAUAGAUUUGGUAUGAUCUUUCCAGUACAAUCUUAGGGUUGCGGAUAAAUAUAAGGUUUCCAGCUAUUUUCUUUCCCUUCCACUCGUUUUGCUACAGCAAUGUGCAAGGUACACUAUGAAAUUUGCAGGAAAUCUGGAAAAUAUCUAUGUGUAGCAGAGAAUGGCAGGAUUUAGAGGUUAACGAAAACAGUGUAUGGUUUCGGAUUCUCUAUUUAAUGGAGUCCUCCAAAUCGAUAAAUGUCAACUUGUUUUAUAGAAAGAGAACGAAGACUGUUAAAGCGAGAGUGUUGCAUAAAGUAGUCUCCUUUUACAGUAGUCGUUAUCCUUCCAAUUUAGAUAAGUGGUUCAUAAUGGGCCAGUUAGUAAACUGGUUGUUGGUGUGUGGAAUUGUUGGUGUGUGGAAACAAGUUGGAAUUCGUGGUUGGCUGUUCCUGGAAGAUCCGACGGAGCGAAGAUACGACGUCAUGGUUCACGAGAACCAGACUUACGCAUCUCUGAUGGAUCUUGUGCGAACACGAUACAGUGUAGGAACAGAAACCGCAGUGUGCCUGACUUUUGAGUUUCCGGAGUGGAUGAGGAUCCCCGCAGAUGUGGCAUGGCCACCGGUGGAUGUCAGGGAGGAUGGAGAUGUGGAUCUAUUCAUGUCGGUGAGACUUGAAAUCCAAGAUUUGAAGCUAAUGGUGACUAUAGGCAACAAUGUAGUUGCACGUUAUCUUUUCCAGAGGAGGGAUAACUAUACAAUUAUCGGGAGUUCAAGUGGAAACUUAGAUGUUAAUGUGAACCCUUUAUGUGGUAUCUCUGAUGUUAGUCAUCUACCACUGAGGGGUGUGAAUGAAUAUCGUGGUGGUUUAACGGAUGGUGCUGCGUAUUGGGAAAGUAUUCUUGGCCAGGGGGAAAUGACAACUGGUCAGCAGUCUCUCCUAGGCGUGUGCACGGAUGAUGACAAUACCACACAACUGAGAAGCCCUCGGUUAACCCAAGGGAAGCCUCCAUUUGCUAAUGCUAUGGAGACAGCGAGGGAACAGAAUCAUCAACAGACUCCUCAGCUGCUCCACUGAAUGCAUUCCCCCCGAUCGCUGGUUCUGGAGUGAUAAGAUUGAAGGAGGGCAUUCAUCAGCCUGUUGCCAAUCCGAGUUUGGCCCUGACAAUAGUUGGACAGCAAAAAAGGCCUCCGUCUAUACUUGAUUACAUUACCAAGGGUAAAGGAAAAGUGUCGGAGGUGGGUGUUGUUGAUAAGACACAAGUGAGCGCUUCCGGUGGUUCACUCUCUCCUAGUAGGAACCCAAACUUUGCAGAUCCAUUACCCUAUGAUGACUCCGCUGAUGAAGAUACCGCUGCUGAAGGAAAUCAACAUUUGUUUGUCAGGCAAGUCUUCAUGGAUCGAACUGCUUUCAAGACACACAUGUCGCUGUAUGCGUUGGCCAAAAAGUUCCCCUUUGUCUGUCGUCGAUCAGAACCUGGAAAAAUGGUGCUAGCGUGUAAGGGCACCAACUGCAAGUGGAGAGUGUACGCAAGUAAGCUGGCCGGGUGUCCAACGUUCCAGAUUAAGCGUGUGGAUGAGGAGCAUAACUGUACUGUAGACGAGCGCGGUGACUUCAAGAGGCAUGCGACAUCUAAUCUGAUAGGUGAGAUGGUCCGGAACAAGUAUGCUGGUGUUGGCGUUGGUCCUAAGCCAUGAACCCUUAGGGAGUUCAUGCGCACUGAUCACCAUGUUCCCAUAACAUACUGGAAGGCUUGGAAAUCUAGGGAAGUUGCAAUUGAGAAAGGCUUUGGUAACACUAAGGACGCCCACAAGAUGCUUCUUUCUUAUCUGGAGCAGUUGGCUCUCGCUAAUCCUGGUUCUGUCGUGGCUAUAGAAACAACACGUGAUGCUGGAGACGUCCAACGUUUCAAAUAUCUCUUCAUCUCACUUGCCGCUUCUGUUAAGGGUUAUAGCUACAUGAGAAAGGUGAUUGUAGUAGACGGCACUCACCUUAAAGGGAAGUAUGUUGGCUGCUUACUCACUGCUAGUGCGCAAGACGGAAAUUACCAAAUUUUCUCUAUUGCCUUUGUUGUGGUUGAUGGAGAAAACGACAGCUCCUGGACUUGGUUCUUCCAAAAGAUUUUGGAGGUCGUGGAGGAUGGGUAUGAUCUGGUCUUUGUCUCCGACAGGCACAAGUCCAUCUACGCUGCUCUUCUGAAGAUGUACCCCCGAGCCAAGCAUUUUGCUUGUCUUCUCCAUCUGCAGCGGAACAUCGUCACUAUGUUCAAGAAGAAGCACCUAGCUUACUUGGUCUCGAAGGCAGCUAGGGCCUACCGUGUCUCUGAUUUCUACAGGCACUUCAAUGAGAUAAAGAUGAUCGACAUUAACUGUGCUGAUUAUCUAGUCAGGGUUGGUUUCGAACAUUGGACUCGGUCCCACUGUCAUGGCUUGCGUUACAAUAUUAUGACCAGUAACAUAGCCGAGUCACUCAAUGCCGCUUUGGCGGAAGCAAGGGGAUAUCCAAUAGUUGUGCUGCUUGAUUACAUUAGGUCUAUGCUGAUGAGGUGGUUGUCAGGAAGGCGUGAGGCAUCAGCUGGGUGCAGCGGUGUUGUGACGCCAAAGGUAGAAGAGCUGAUGUCCAAGAAUUUCAGUGUUUCAACGGGGUUGCUUGUCCGUCACAUCAAUGGGGGUGAGUUUGAGGUUCGUGGCAUGGAUGGACACCCUUUCAGGGUUGACCUUGAUAAGAAGGUUUGUAGCUGCCUAGAGUUUGAUAUACUCUUGAUCCCCUGUGAGCAUGCUGUCGCUGCUGCGAUGCACUCAAAGCGCAGGAUAGAUGCUCUCGUUGGUGAGAAGUUCACGCGCAACACUUGGGCAGCUGCUUACUCCAUGAGCAUCAAUCCCACCAGUGAUUAUAUGACUCCAGCUGCUGAGGCUGACACUCUUGGUGCGCUGAACCUUGCACCGUCAAAUACAAGACGCCCACCAGGGAGGCCUAAGAAGACAAGGAUCUUCUCGCGUGGUGAAUUCAAAAGUGGUCUCCGUUGGCGUCGCCCAAGUACUUGUAGGAGGUGCGGUGGAGCGGAUCACAACUGUGCCACCUGUAAAAUGCCAAUAUGAGAAGGUGUAAGGUUAUUAGGGGGCCAAUGGAAUGAAGUCUUUUGAUAAAGGUAUGAUGUGGGGCGACCGAUUUUCUUUGUUUAAUAUCAAUGCCUCCGACAUUCUCCUGCGAUAGUCCCAGUGAGAAUGACGGUAAUUCGAUCAGAGAUAAAAUGAAUUCGAUCUGGGAAAAUGGUAACUUUAUGUACUCAGCUUCCAAGCUAAAAUUAAUUAGCAACUACGUGAAUGUUUAUGAUCUAAUUUGGGCGUGAGCAUACCUCGGUGUCGGCUAGUGUCUCUUCUUCAUCGACUGUAGGCAGUUGAGCAAUGCGGGAUGUGUGCUCCUGAGAUACUAUGGGGGUGACGUUAAAUCCUUCCACUUCCGUAACCACAACAUGUUCCACGCUUUCGUGAUCUGUAGCUACGCCCAAAGGGAGGUUGUGACUAUUCUCUGUUGCCGUUAACUGUAAGAGGGUAGGACCUAUUAAUUAUAAUAAUGACUACAUAUAAAGUGUAGCAGUUGUAAUAAACCACCAUAUACUUACAUCAUUUGGGAUUGAGAACUCUUGAACAUCA